CGUACGACCAGCCGUCAACGAAAACGGAAAUGAGGUUUUGUCCGUCGGCCUUCUGACAGUUCUUUUUCCGGUGAAAUUUGUUGUUUAGUGGACGCGUUGUACCACGGUCUGCUACGAAUUCCUCGUAAUUUUAGGUAGCAAAGAUGGCAGCGAAGGAUGAGAAGGCCACCAAGCCCGCAUCGGGCAAGGACAAGUCGAAAAACGUCAUGCGCGAUUUGCGUAUCCGCAAGCUCUGCCUGAACAUUUGCGUCGGUGAGUCCGGCGAUAGGCUGACACGUGCGGCCAAGGUGCUGGAACAGCUGACCAACCAGACGCCCGUCUACUCGAAGGCACGCUACACCGUGCGCUCGUUCGGCAUUCGGCGUAACGAAAAGAUUGCGGUGCACUGUACGGUGCGUGGCGCCAAGGCGGAGGAGAUCCUCGAGCGUGGACUGAAGGUGCGCGAGUACGAGCUGCGUCGUGAUAACUUCUCGCAGACCGGCAACUUCGGGUUCGGUAUCCAGGAACACAUCGAUCUCGGUAUCAAGUACGAUCCGACGAUCGGUAUCUAUGGAUUGGAUUUCUACGUUGUGCUUGGCCGGCCAGGAUAUAACGUUGCCCAGCGACGACGCAAGACUGGCAAGAUCGGCUUCAUCCACCGCCUGACCAAGGAGGACGCGAUGAAAUGGUUCCAGCAGAAGUACGACGGUAUCAUCCUGAACAGCAAGGCAAAGUAAGCUUUUAAUGUGCAUAUGAGGGCCUGUAU